AAUCUUGGGCUUCCUUCGCUCCACGCCCGGUCGCCCUCUAAAGGUCAGCGACUGCGACGAGCGCAUCCUGCACCUGCAGGACGAACUGCAGCUGGACUACAUGCGCUACCAGAACCAGAUAAUCCUGGACACGGCGCUGCACCGAGACGAGAAGCUGCGCAACAUCGCACAGCUGACGCCGCCGCCGCAACAAAACCCGCUGCAAGGUCAGAAGGCGUUCUGCAGGACAGGGGUGUACGACAUCGACUUCGUGGAGACGCUCAGGGUCGUGAAGGUCCUCAGCAUUCUCACGCAGAAGGAGGCCAUCUUCGCUAUGCAGGGCGUCAACUGGGAGUGUUUGCAGGUGCGAGAGAUGCAGAUGUUUGUGCUCAAGGUAACGAAGCCUUUAAAAAUAGAUGACUAUGAGUCGACUCAGUUCAGCUCCCACGAGCAGCUGCUGACGCAUCUGAAGACUGUUUGGCUGGCCAAGUUCCGGGAACAUCUGCACAUGAACCUGCAAGGCGUUGGCAAGGGUUGGUUCGAUCUCUACGUGGCCAAAUGGGAGAUUUUCUGCAUGUCCAAGUUGUGCAAGAUCCUUGCCUUGAUCCGCGUUAUGAUGCAGGAUUCCUUGCGGUUUUUAGCCAGGGACUCCUGCAAGGAUCUCGUACAAGCAGUGGAGAACACGUGUGACGAGUUCCUGACGUGCGGGGAAGAUUUCGAGUGGGGAGAAGACCUGACGCAGAACGUCCUAUUGGGGACCGCAUCGCCUUUCUUCUAUGUAGAGCUGCACAUAGACAACGACAAGGGGCCGGUCUUCUCCACGGACAUCGAACGGUUCAAGGCCAUGAUGUUGUCAGUAUUCGAGCAUGGAGUCACCGUGACGCACGAAGUGCCGCCGUUAGAGCCCAUGGUGCUGGACAACAUCUUCUGGCCCGACCGCACUCCGCUUAGCUCCAUCGGUCUCAUGAACCCCGAGAUCACAGUACUUCAUGAUCGUCUGGAGGUGGCGAUGACGACCAUCGCCAUUCCAAUGCGCGCGUACGCCAAAGAGUAUACCCAAUACGUGUGGAUACACAGCCUAAACAUUGACGAGUAUCUGAAAGAAAGGUACGACGAGGAGGCCACCGCGCAGAACUUCCAUGACGACGCUGCCGCGCUCAUAGCCGACUACGACGUCGCAGAACGUGCCAUACCAGCCAACAUCACCAUCGGUCCCUUCUUCGUGAACACGGACAUCCUUCGGUCGGCCUUGCUGACAAAGAAGAAGUUACUGAUUGACUCGACCCUCGACCAUUUGGCAGGAAUCCUGCUGGAACAGGCCGAGGAAGUGAACAGAAGCUUUAUGAAAAUGUCGGCGAAGAUGACGACCAAGUGCUCGAAAAUGGAAGACGUCACAGAGCUGAGAGAGUACAUGGACACGGUACCGGAGCUUGUACGCACCGAGAAGGACAACACAGCCAAGUUCAUAAAAGACUAUGAUGUGCUGGACGAGUUCAAUCACCCGCUCUCCAACGGCGACUUCAGCGCAAAGUGGGACAUGCUCUUCUGGCCGUAUAAGAUUGACCAACUGCUGGAGGAAACCACAGAUCGCCUGCUGGAAGAGGAGGACAAGUUCAAGGAGCGCCAGUUGGACGACCAGGCGACCCUCAAUGACAAGGUCGACAAUCUGACGAUGCUAGUGGCCGGCAUGACCGCAUUCAACGACAUCAGCAAAGCACAUGAGGUGGCCAAUGAGGUGCGUCGCGUCUGGAAGCAGCUGAAGGAGUGCCAGGAGCAGGGUCAGUUGCUAAACCAGCGCCAGCGGUUAUUUGGAAUGGACGUCACGCCAUACGACAACAUUGCCAAGCUGAUCAAGGACUGUGAGCCUUACCGGGCGCUGUGGCUGACAGGUAGCGACUGGAUUCACUGGCAGGACGGCUGGCUGAACGAUCCGCUACAGGGCGUCGAUGCUGAAGGUAUCGAACGCAACGUCACCGAAGCCUACAAGACUAUGCAUAAGGCUAUCCGGAACUUCGAGGAAAUGCCGGCCAUCAUGAAGGUGGCGGAGGAGAUCCAGGACCAGAUUGAGGCGUUCAAGCCGCACAUCCCGCUGAUCAUGGGUCUGCGGAACCCGGGAAUGCGGCAUCGCCACUGGGAGAAGCUCUCAGAUCUGAUCGGCAUCAAGAUCGUGCCGAAGGCCAACCUCACCUUCUCCAAAUGCUUGGAGAUGGGCCUGCAAAACUACACAGACCAGAUUGCAGAGGUGGGCGAGAUCGCCGGCAAAGAGUAUAGCAUUGAGCAGGCUCUGGACAAGAUGGAGGCCGAGUGGAAGGCGCUGGCGCUAGAAAUAGUGCCGUACAAGGACACCGGGCACUCGAUCCUCAAGUUCAGCGACGAGGCGUACCAGCUGCUCGACGACCAUAUAGUGAUGACACAGUCAAUGGUGUUCUCGCCGUACAAGGCUCCCUUCGAGGAGCGGAUCACGCAGUGGGAGAAGAAGCUGAUGCUGGUGCAGGACGUCUUCGACGAGUGGGUGGCCUGCCAACGAUCCUGGCUGUACCUGGAGCCUAUCUUUAGCAGCGAUGACAUCAGCAGGCAGUUGCCCGUCGAGUCCAAGCGUUAUAAGACCAUGGAGAAAACGUGGAAGAAGAUCAUGAAGAAGGCCAUGGAUAACCAGCAGGUGAUGGAGCUGUGUCCUGACCAGCGAUUGCUGGACAACCUGAGGGAUUGCAACAACCUGCUAGAUCAGGUCCAGAAAGGUUUGAGCGAGUACCUGGAGACGAAGAGGAUGGCAUUCCCACGGUUCUUCUUCCUCAGUGACGAAGAACUCUUAGAAAUCCUGUCGCAGACCAAGAACCCGAGAGCGGUUCAACCCCACUUGAAGAAGUGCUUCGAGAGCAUUUCCCGUCUUACCUUUGAGGAGGAUCUUCAGAUCACAGCCAUGUGCUCCGCCGACGGCGAGACGGUGCCCUUCCACGAGCCGAUGUACCCCAACGGUAACGUCGAGGACUGGCUGCUUCACGUGGAGGCGACCAUGCGCGCCUCGCUGCGGGAGCAGCUGUCGCAGGCGCUGCAGGCGUACACGGAGGCCGGCCGACCCGAGUGGGUGCUCCAGUGGCCCGGCCAGCUGGUGAUCGCCGGCUGCCAGAGCGUCUGGUCGGCCAACACGGACCAAGCCAUCGCUGGUGGCGCGCUGAAGGAUGGUUAUGAGCUGCAGCUGGAGCAGCUGGACGACCUGCGAAACCUGAUCAAGACAGACCUGACCGGCUUGCAGCGCAACAUCCUGUCGGCACUCAUCGUGAUCGAGGUGCACGCGCGCGACGUGGUGCAGGAGAUGGUGGCAGACGGCGUCACCGACGUGAACAGCUUCUCCUGGAUUGGACAGCUCAGGUACUACUGGAUCGAUGAGGAUCUACGUCUGAAGCACGUGAACGCCGAGUUCGGCUACGGGUUCGAGUACCUGGGCAACACGGGUCGACUGGUGAUCACGCCGCUUACCGAUCGCUGCUAUCUGACCCUGACCGGCGCCCUGCACCUGCAGUUCGGCGGCGCGCCGGCCGGCCCAGCCGGCACUGGCAAGACCGAAACCACGAAGGACCUGGGCAAGGCGAUGGCCGUGCAGUGCGUGGUGUUUAACUGCUCCGACCAGCUAGACUUCAUGGCCAUGGGCAAGUUUUUCAAGGGGCUGGCGGCGGCGGGCGCGUGGGCCUGCUUCGACGAGUUCAACCGGAUCGACAUCGAGGUGCUGUCGGUGGUGGCCCAGCAGAUCAGCUGCAUCCAGAAGGCGCUGGUGGGCAAGCUGGACCGCUUUAUGUUUGAAGGCGUCGAGCUGCAGCUGAAGCCGACCUGUUCGGUGUUCAUUACCAUGAACCCGGGGUACGCCGGCCGCACGGAGCUGCCCGACAACCUCAGCGCCCUCUUCCGGCCCGUGGCGAUGAUGGUGCCCAACUACACCCUCAUCGCCGAGAUCUCGCUCUUCUCGUUCGGCUUCGGUAACGCGCGGGCGCUCGCCAAUAAGAUCACCAGCACGUUCAAGCUGAGCUCUGAGCAGCUGAGCACGCAGGACCACUACGACUUCGGCAUGCGCGCCGUCAAGACCGUGAUCGCGGCGGCCGGCAACCUGAAGCGACAGAACCCGACCAUGGGUGAGGAGCUGAUCGUGCUGCGGGCGCUGAAGGACGUCAACGUGCCCAAGUUCCUGCAAGAGGACCUGAAGCUCUUCACGGGGAUCAUCAGCGACCUGUUCCCGCGUGUACAGGAGGAGGAGAUCACGUAUGACGAGUUGGAGGCGUCGCUGGUUCGAGAGUGCCAGCGCAAGAACCUCCAGCCCGUGCCCACAUUCCUGCGCAAGUGCAUCCAGCUGUACGAGACGACGAUAGUACGGCACGGCCUGAUGCUGGUGGGACCGACUGGGUCAGGUAAGACGCGCUGCUACCAGGUGCUGCAGGGAGCCAUCACGCGCAUCAAGGGCAAGAUAGGACCCGACGGUCAGCCGUUCACACCCGUGCUCGUGGACGUGCUGAACCCGAAGUCCAUCACCAUGGGCCAGCUGUACGGCGAGUUUGACGACAUGACCCACGAGUGGACGGACGGCAUUCUGUCGUCGCUUAUCCGGAUGGGCUGUGCCGCCGAGAGCGCCGACAAGAAGUGGUACAUGUUCGACGGCCCGGUCGACGCCGUCUGGAUCGAGAACAUGAACACGGUGCUGGACGACAACAAGAAGCUGUGCCUGAGCAGCGGCGAGAUCAUCAAGCUGGACGCCACGCAGACAAUGAUGUUCGAGGUGGGCGACCUGGCGCAGGCGUCGCCAGCCACCGUCAGCCGCUGCGGCAUGGUGUACCUGGAGCCGAGCGGGCUCGGCCUGCCGGCGCUGGUCGAGUCCUGGCUCGCCGACCUCCCUGAGCAGAUGAAGCCGCACGCGGACACGCUGCGCGCCCUCUGCGACGCCUGGCUCGAGCCGGGAAUCGCGCACAUGCGCGCCAACACCAAGGAGAUCGUGACGACCGUCGACUCGAACCUGUGCGCCACGCUGCUGCGCCUGCUGUCCGCCUGCUUCGUCGUGCUGACCAAGCGUCACUUCUCAGUGGAGCGGCUGCAGCUGCUGCCGGCCAUGAUUACGCCCUGGUUCAUGUUCGUCGUCGUGUGGAGCGUGGGCGGCUCGUGCGACAACGCCGGUAGACGGACUAUGGACCGCUGGGUGCGCGACAAGAUGGCCGCCGACGGGCACGAGCUGCUCUUCCCCGACGAUGGUCUGGUGUACGACUACCGGCUGGCUGACGGCGGCAUCUUCAACUUGGACCUGGAGGAGUCUGCCGUCGAGCCGCCGAGCUGGGAGCACUGGCUGGCCGGCGGCAUCCAGCUGAACCUAACCACGGCCACCCAGUUCACCGACAUCCUCAUCCCCACCAUGGAUAUCGUGCGCAACGCUAGCCUCAUCGGCAUGUACCUGACCAACGCCAUGCCGGUGCUGUGCGUGGGCAACACUGGCACCUCCAAGACCGCCACCAUCAGUGAGAAGCUGAUGACGGGCAUGCCGUCGGCCUUCCUCAGCGAGUUCAUCACCUUCUCGGCCCGCACCUCCGCAAACCAGACCCAAGACCUGAUCGACUCGAAGCUGGACCGGCGGAGGAAAGGCCAGUUCGGCCCGCCGGCGGGCAAGCAGCUGGUCUUCUUCAUCGACGACCUGAACAUGCCGGCGCUGGAGACGUACGGAGCGCAGCCGCCGCUGGAGCUCAUCAGGCAGUGGGCCGACUUCGGAGGAUGGUAUGACCGGAAGCAGAUCGGCGACUUCCGCACGCUCGUGGACGUGACGUUCAUCGCAGCCAUGGGGCCGCCGGGCGGCGGUCGGAACCCCGUCUCCGCCCGACUGCUGCGUCACUUUUGUACCAUCUCCUUCCCCGAGGUGGAGGACGAGAGCAAGCGGCACAUCUACGGCACCAUCCUGUCCGUGUGGCUGUCCCAGCUACCCGAGCUGGCCUCCAGCUGUGACGACAUCGUCUCAUCGUGCGUGGACAUGUACACGCAGCUGACGGCCCAGCUGCUGCCCACGCCCGCCAAGUCCCACUACACCUUCAACCUGCGCGACCUCAGCAAGGUGUUCCAGGGCAUCUGGAUGGCGGCCGCAGCUAAGAUUGAGGACCAGCACACGCUGCUGCGCCUCUGGUACCACGAGACGUGUCGGGUGUUCCAAGAUCGCUUGGUCAGCGAUGAAGACCGACAGUGGCUGGACCAGCUUCUGCGGGACGAGAUCAAGAACCGCUUCAAGCUGAAGCCAGAGGAGGUCCUGAACCGUGACCCCAUUCUCUUCGGCGACCUCAUGUAUCCAAACACGGAGAACAAGCCCUACUCCGAGGUUACUGAUGAGAAACAGCUGCAUAAAGUCCUGAAAGACUACAUCGACGACUACAACCAGAUGUCGACCACGCCCCUGGACAUCGUGUUCUUCAUGGACGCCAUCAAGCAUCUGUUCCGGAUCGCGCGUGUGCUGCGCCAGCCGAGGGGGAACGUCCUGCUGCUUGGCAUGGGCGGUAGCGGCCGACAGUCCCUGACCCGCUUCUCGGCCCACAUCGCCGACUGCAGCUGCAUCUCCAUCGAGCUCACCAAAACGUACGGCGUGCCCGACUGGAAGGAUGACCUUAAGGAGAUCCUGAAGAAGGCCGGCAUGAUGGACGAGCAGACGGUGUUUCUCUUCUCGGACACGCAUAAAUCGGAGGUGUUCAUGGAGGACAUCAACAGCCUGCUGAACUCUGGCGAUGUGCCAAAUCUGUUCGCCUCGGACGAGGUGGAGGAGAUCUUUCAGUCGGUGCGCGGCAUUCUGCAGGAGCAGGGCCUGCCGCCCACCACCGCCAACCUGUACGCCGCCUUCAUCCGGCGCGUGCGCUCCAACCUGCGCGUUGUCGUCACGAUGAGCCCAAUCGGCGAGACGUUCCGCGCGCGGCUUCGUCAGUUCCCCGCGCUCGUCAACUGCUGCACCAUCGACUGGUUUGCCGACUGGCCGCCGGAGGCGCUGGACGCGGUUGCGCGCCACCACCUGGAUGAUAUCACGGCCAUGCCAAACGACGACGCGCUGCGCGAGGGCGUCGUCGUCAUGUUCUCCGCCAUCCACACGGACGUGGCGGAGAGCAGUCGCCGCUUCCUGCUGGAGCUGUCGCGCCACAACUACGUCACGCCCAAGUCGUUUCUCACGCUGCUCAAGUGCUUCGCCUCGCUGCUGGGCCGCCAGCAGGAGGCCCUGACGCAGGGCAAGAACCGGCUGCGAUCCGGGCUCGACAAGCUCCUGCAGACGGGCAAGGACGUGGCCGUCAUGCAGGUCGAGCUGGAGGCCAUGCAGCCCGAGCUGGAGAACGCCGCCAUUGUGGCGGAGGAAACCAUGAAGAAAAUCGAGGUGGACACCAAGGUGGCCGAGGAGACGCGUACGGUGGUGAAAAAGAAGGAGCAGGAGGCACAGAAGCAGAAGGACGAGUCGGCGGCCAUCGCUGCUGACGCGCAGAAGGAACUCGACGAGGCGAUGCCGGCUCUGGAGGCGGCGCUUGCCAGUCUCAAGUCGCUCAACAAAAACGAUGUCGUCGAGGUUCGCGCCAUGCAGCGUCCUCCAGAGGGCGUGAAGCUGGUCAUGGAGGCCGUCUGCAUCUUAAAGUUCAUCAAGCCCAAGCGGGUGCCGGGUGACAUGCCAGGGCAGAAGUUCGACGACUACUGGGAGCCGGGCAAGUCGCUGCUGCAGGACCCUGCCCGUUUCCUCUCUUCCCUUUUCGAAUACGACAAGGACAACAUCCCAGACGACGUGAUCACCAAGCUGACGCCCUACAUCCAAAAUGACGCCUUCAUGCCGCAGGCGGUGUCGAAAGUCAGCAAGGCGUGCACGUCACUUUGCAUGUGGGGCCGUGCCAUGUACAAGUACCACUUCGUUAACAAGGCGGUGGCGCCGAAGCGCGAGGCGCUGGCGGCCGCGCAGGAGUCGCUGGCCGCCACCGAGGCAGUGCUCAACGAGGCCAAGGCGCAGCUGAAGACGGUGGAGGACGGACUGGCGCAGCUGACGGAGGAGCUCAACGCCUGCGUGGCGCACAAGCAGGACCUGGAGGAGAAGUCGGAGCAAUGCCAGCAGCGGCUGGUGCGCGCUGACAAGCUGAUCGGCGGCCUGGCGGACGAGAAGGAGCGCUGGGCCGAGACGGUGGCGGCGUUCGACGGCCUGCUCGCCUCGGUCGUCGGUGACGUGCUGCUGGCGGCCGGCAUAGUGGGCUACCUCGGCCCUUUCACAGGCGAGUACCGGCAGGCGCUCGUCACCCGCUGGAAGGAGCAGCUAAAGGAGCUCGGAAUCACCUACUCGCCGUCGGCGGGUCUGCAAGAGACGCUAGGCGACCAGAUCGUAAUCAGGAACUGGCAGUUGGCUGGCCUGCCGAAGGACACAGUGUCCACGGAUAACGCGCUUAUCAUGAGCUUCUCCGAUCGGUGGCCGCUCUUCAUCGACCCGCAGGGCCAGGCGAACAAGUGGGCCAAGAACAUGGAGAUGGGAAACGGCCUGGACGUGACGCGCCUCUCCGAGAAGGACUACCUCAGGACGCUGGAGAACAGCAUCCGUUUUGGAAAACCGUGCAUGCUGGAGAACGUGGGCGAGGAACUGGACCCCGCGAUCGAUCCUAUCUUAAUAAAGCAGCUGGUCAAGCAGGCUGGCUCGUGGGUCAUCAAACUCGGAGACUCCAUGGUCCCGUAUCACAAGGACUUCAAGCUCUAUAUCACCACCAAGAUACCAAACCCGCAUUACUCGCCGGAGGUGUGCACAAAGGUGAACAUCAUCAACUUCACUCUGGUGGAGAGUGGACUUCAGGAUCAGCUCCUGGGAGUCGUGGUCGCCGAGGAAAGGCCGGACCUCGAGGACUCAAGAAACAACCUUAUCAUCUCAAAUGCAGCGAUGAAACAAGAACUGAAAGAACUGGAAGAUAAGAUCUUAUACAAGCUGAGCUCUUCAGAGGGCUCGCCAGUCGACGAUAUUGAGCUCAUUGAGACGCUGGACGUGUCGAAGGCCAAGUCUACGGAAAUUAAAGCCAAGGUGGAGGUCGCCGAACAGACCGAGAAAGACAUAAACCUGACGCGUUCCCUGUACAUCCCUGUCUCCGUCCGGGCUCGCAUCCUCUUCUUCUGUGUGUCGAGCCUGUCGCAGAUCGACCCUAUGUACCAGUACUCUCUGGAAUGGUUCCUCAUGACAUUCCACAACAGCAUGGAGUCUGCUGAACAGUCGGACAGCGUGCCCAGCCGCGUGGAAAAUAUAAACAAUUUCUUCACCUACAGCUUGUAUCAGAACAUUUGCCGAUCACUCUUCGAGCGUCACAAGCUGCUGUUCGCCUUCCUGAUGGCCAUUCGCAUUAUGACCGAGCAGGAACUCAUCAAUAUCGAGGAGUACCGCUACUUGCUGGCUGGCGGCACCCCCUCAGAAGACGUCGUCGACAACCCGGCCGCAGACUGGCUACCGGAGCGGUGCUGGCGCGAAAUACUGGCCGCCAGCUUUCACUUGCCCAUCUUCAAGCGGCUACCGACCGACCUCGCCGACUACAAGAUCGCGCGAAAGCUGAAGACGGUGUUCGAGAGCGUGGAGCCGCACCGUGAGCGGCUGCCCGGCGACUGGGACAAGCUGGACGACUUCCAGCGGCUGGUGUUGCUCCGCUGCCUACGGCCGGACCGCGUCACCAACGGCAUGCAAGACUUCGUGGCCAAGAAUCUGGGCGACCGCUUCGUGGAGCCGCAGACUUCGAGCCUGGCCGAGAUCUUCAAGGACAGCAGUCCGAUGACGCCACUGAUCCUGGUGCUGUCCGCGGGCACCGACCCGGCUGCCGCACUCUACAAGUUCGCCGAGGAGAAGGGCUUCUCGCGCAAGAUUCUUGCCAUAUCGUUGGGCCAGGGCCAGGGGCCGCGCGCCGAGGGGCUCAUGAAACAGGGCAUCGAGAAGGGGCGCUGGGUGUUCUUCCAGAACUGCCACCUGGCGCCCUCCUGGAUGCCAACUAUGGAGCGGCUGGUGGAGGACAUGACGCCGGAGACGCUCCACAAGGACUUCCGCCUGUUGCUGACGUCCACGCCGUCCAGCUCCUUCCCGCUUUCCGUCCUGCAGAACGGCAUGAAGAUGACCAUCGAACCGCCACGCGGCGUUAAGGCGAAUAUGCUGAAGGCCUAUAUGAGCCUCGUCACGCCUGAGAUGCUGGACUCGAUCGGCGACAAGUCAAAAACGCUGCGCCGGCUGCUCUUCUCGCUGUCGCUCUUCAACGCCAUAUGUCUGGAGCGCCGGAAGUUCGGACCGCUCGGCUUCAACAUCCCGUAUGCCUUCACCGACGGCGAUCUUAGGAUCUGCAUCUCUCAGCUGCAGAUGUUCUUGGAGGAGUACACUGACAUCCCGUUCCCGGUGUUGCGCUACACGGCCGGCCACAUCAACUACGGCGGCCGUGUGACGGACGACCAGGACCGGCGCUGCAUCCUCACCGUGCUGGGAGACUUCUACCGGCCCGAGGUGCUGUCCGACGAGCACGAGUUCGACGCGAGCGGCGUCUACCACCAGGUGGACGCCAACGUGGCCUACGAAGAGUACCUGGCCUACGUCCGCAGUCUGCCCAUUAACGACUCGCCGGAGUUGUUCGGGCUGCACGCCAACGCUGACAUCACGUUCGCACAGAAUGAGACGUUCUCGUGCCUGAACACGCUGCUGCAGCUGCAGCCCCGCUCCGGCGGCCAGCAGGGCGCCUCCGCCGACGAGGUGUCCGAGCAGACGGCCCGCCAGAUCCUGCAAAAGGUCGCCGACGGAUUCGACAUCGCGCAGAUCUCGGCCAAGUAUCCUGUGAUGUACAGCGAGUCGAUGAACACCGUGCUUGUGCAGGAGGCCAUCCGCUACAACGGCCUCCUCGAGGUCAUCAAGUCAUCUCUCCACGAGCUGCUGCGUGCCCUGAAGGGUCUUGUGGUUAUGUCCCAGGGUCUCGAGUGCAUGGCUACCAGCCUCUUUAACUCCAAGGUUCCUGAGAUGUGGGCCGGCAAGGCGUAUCCGUCGCUGAAGCCGCUGGGCGCCUGGGUCGAGGACCUGAUCCUGAGGAUGCAGUUCAUCCGCGGUUGGAUGGAUGACGGCAUGCCACCUGUGUACUGGAUCUCCGGCUUCUUCUUCCCUCAGGCGUUUCUCACCGGCACCCUGCAGAACUUCGCGCGUCGUCACGUGGUCAGCAUCGAUACAGUGUCGUUCGGCUUCAGCGUGCUGGCCGAGGAGCCAGAGGAGGCGCCGGCGGACGGCUGUUACGUCCGCGGUCUCUUCCUGGAGGGCGCCGCGUGGGACGCGCGCGCCGCGGCGCUCGGCGAGUCGAGGCCGCGCGAGCUCUACACGCCCAUGCCGAUCAUGUGGCUGCUGCCGGUGGAGAACCGGCGGCCGCCGUCUGGCGGCUUCUAUCUCUGUCCCGUGUACAAGACGCUGAAGCGAGCCGGCACGCUCAGCACCACCGGCCACAGCACCAACUACGUGCUGUCGGUGGAGCUGCCGUCGAAGAUGCCGCAGGAGCACUGGAUCAAGCGCGGGCUGGCGCUCAUCUGUGCGUUAGACUUCUGA